AACCAAGUCACACCGACCUCAUCAUGACAGAUCUAACAUGACAGCUUUGCGAUGCAAAUCACAAAGUUUAGCUGUGGUUUUCUGGUUAACUACGAGUUUGGCGUCGACAUUCUCCAGACGAAGCCUUGCUUCAGUAUCUGAAAAUGUGAUCGCGAACUCUUUCGCCGACGCGGACGAUUCAGUUUGUUCACAAUUUCGACGUGGUCUCACUGGCAUCGUUUCAGCUCCAUCCUAUUUUGGGACCAAGUCAGCGCCUUGUUGUGGGCAGGCUGAGGGCUGUGACUGCAGUGCUUGAUAUAGCUCUUCUGGGGACGCCAGUCACGUCCCGUGGAAAACAACGACUGCGGCAGAGUCUAAAACAAGCCCUGCAUGGGACUAGGACGCAUUCCGUGUGACAAAGUCAUGC